UCUUCAGUGUUAGAAGAUAAAAAAGAACGAAUGGCACAAACAUUUCUAAAAAAGAAACACAUUAAAUUUUUUGAAAGAUGUCUUCAGAUUCUGCCAUCUCGCUACUGUUCUCUGGACAACAACAGAAUGACAGUAGGAUUUUUUGGAAUCUCUGGAUUAGAUAUGCUGGACUCACUUGAUGUUCUGGAAAAUGACAAAGAAAAUAUUAUAAAUUGGAUAUACUCCUUGCAGCUGCUGCCAGAUGACAUAGAUAGUAAUAUACACCAGUGUGGCUUCAGAGGCUCGACAACAUUAGGAAAUCCAUUCAAGACUGAAGAGGCAAGAAAGCAUCCAAUUCCACUUGACUCAGGGCAUAUUGCAAAUACAUACACAGCUUUAUUGUCAUUGAUAAUAUUAGGGAAUGAUUUGUCAGGUGUAGACAAAAGAUCUGUGACUACAGGACUAAGAUAUCUACAACAGGAGGAUGGAAGUUUCUGUUGUGUACCAGAGGGCAGUGAGAAUGACAUGAGAUUUGUUUAUUGUGCCUGCUGUAUAAGUUAUAUAUUGGAUGACUGGAGAGGUGUUAAUAAAGACAAAGCUGUUCAAUUCAUCAAAAAUAGUAUGUCAUAUGAAGGAGGCAUUGGUCAAGGACCAGGUACAGAAGCUCAUGGUGGAUCAACAUUUUGUGCAAUAGCAGCACUAGUUCUAAUGGACAAACUGUAUGAAGCCUUUAAUGAAAAGGAAAUAAAACGUUUAAAACAAUGGUGCAUUAGUAGACAACAGACAGGAUUUCAGGGACGACCAAAUAAACCUGUUGAUACUUGUUACUCGUUUUGGGUUGGUGCAACAUUAAAGCUUUUAGAUAUGUUUGAAUUAACAGACAAAGGUUUCAAUAGAGGUUAUAUGUUAAAAACACAAAAUAGUAUAACGGGAGGUUUUGCUAAAUGGCCGGAUCACACACCAGAUGCCCUCCAUGCCUAUUUUGGAGUAUGUGGUAUGUCAUUGGUAGGAGAAGAAGGUAUACAGCCAAUGCAUCCUGCACUUAAUGUAAGUCAGAGGGCAGCAGACCAUCUAGAAAACAUCCAUAAAUUAUGGCGAUCGAAGUCAUGAUAAUUAUGCACUCUUAGGAAACAAAUUUUAACUAAAGCAUCCCAUAUUCAAUCUGAUAAAUGUACUGACUAGCCAUUAUUUAUUUUUAUGUUCUCAUAUGUAAGUAAGAAAGAAUGUAUAGUAGCCACUUUUAUCUUCUUGUGAAUACCAUGUCUCUUUAUGCUGAAGAAUAUUCUGUUUAAAUUCAGCAUCUAUAGUAAGCUAUUCUUAAAAAGGGGUUUUAUUGACAACAACAUGUGCCAAAAUUUCAAAACACAAAAUCAACAGUAUACCUCUAGUUGUAUUUGAAAAGUUGUUCCAUACUAAGUUUAUUAUAAUAGUCUAUUUGUGAAUUUUUGAAUUUUCUCUUAUAAUUGAGUAUGUUAUAAAAAAAAAGUGCUUUAUUUGUAAUAAUUACCAUUAAAAUGACAUCCAAUAUUUGUAUUAUAAUUGUCUUUGUUUAACAUCAGAAGAACAUUGAAAUUUAUCAAAGAUGUUCAAAGGAGUAUGUUUGAUAAGGCCCUAAAAUGGCCCCUAUUUCGAGCUAAAUUUUCAAAUUAGGAUUUAUUGACUUGUAUCUCAAUGAAUCAUAGCAAAAACAAUGACUAGACAUGAAAUGUGUCUAUUUGUUGAAAAUUAAAGUUGUUGCUAAAUUUCCACUGUUUUUUUUUACUGAAAACAUAAUAGUGCAUGCAAGGACAAAAUAGAUCUUUUGACCUUUUGUUUGUGUAACAUAUUACAUAUCUGUCUUGAAUAUUUAGUUUGUCAAAGGCUGCGCAUUGUGUUUCCUAGGCUUAAUUUGGUUGAAAUCCUGAUGAUUCUGUCAAAUUUCACCAAAAUCUCUACAUAGAAGCCUAUUUGAUUUGAAAAUUUUAACAAUAAGAAAAGCUGUAAAAAAAUUGUUCUAUUUCACUUUUGUACAUGUUUUUUCGUCAACUUGAAAUAUUUUAUAUCUUGAAACAAUGGACAAAAUAUUCAGGGCCAUCUUACCAAAGUUACUCCUUUUGUUAUUAAAUAUGGAUGUUUAACAGACUUUUAGAUCUAUUAAAAAAAAGUGCAAAAAUAUAUAUUGAAUUUAUAUUUGAAGGAUUAUUUUAGCAUUAAUUGGAAUACAAUUUUUGUUUUAUAUGUAAUGUAGUUGACACAUGACAUGUAUUGUUUUCAAGGGUUAAAUGGUUUGGUAAGUAAUGAAGUUAAUAGAAGAUGAAACAUUUUGUCAAGGGUUUAACAGUUGAUAAGUUAAGAUAGUGUGAUAUACACCAGUUUCAAAGAAAACCAUAAAUCUCUGUUUGUUAUAGACUAAGUCUUACCUGUUAACAAGAGAUAGACUAAGUCUUACCUGUUAACAGGUGCCCUUCUGCAGCACUAGAUUUAACUUCAAUAUUACUCAGAAUAUACUUUUCUAUGCUGAUGAUUUGUUGAUCAGUGAUUUUUCUAUACAAUAUCAUUGUUUAGCCUGUUCCUUUUGUUUGAUUCUUAUUGAAGUAAGGAAAUAUGUAUGCAAGAACACACUCACUAGAUAUUCAAUAACCAAUUUGUGAUAGACACUGACAGUUUUUUGUAGUUGAUUAUUGUAAUCCAGAUUAAGUAAUUUUUGAAAGUGCUUUCUGAAAGAGGCAACUGAAGUAUUCCUUAGCUCUAAACAAGGGAAGCAACUGUGAUAUCAUUUUCUUUUGGUGUUUACUGCUGCUACUUGGGGUCUACAAACUGAAAUAAAAUAACAAUGCCGAGUUUUAAUUCACUCUAGUUCUAAGUAUUUCAAGUAUCUUCAUAACUAUGUUUCAGUCAAUUGAAAAUAAAUAAUUUUGUUCAAAGUAUUGUUUGGUGAUUUGCAGGAGCAGAUACAGGAUUAUUGAAAAGGAGGCUUAAUUCCCAAAAAUUGAAUAUUUGCUGGCAAGCAGAGCGAGGCGCCACAAAUUUUUGGACAAUUAUAUACUAAAAAUUUACAUAUAUCAUGAAAAACAUGAGAUUUAAAUUUGUUUUGAUGUUCAUAUGCCCUCUCAUACUCUGGAACCUCCAUUGAUUUGGUCUGGUUAAGACAAAGAUAUUAAAUAGACCAUUGAUAUGCUAUAUGGCGUUGCAUUUUUAUUGUUUCUACCUGUAAAAUUCACUGAUGAAUGAAAUUAAAAUGCUUAUUGUCCAGGAUGUUUUUACAUUCUUAAAGUGGACUGUAUCAUAAGGGAAAGAAGAGAUGCUGUUUGUCUUAACUUUAUAAUAAAUGGUGGAAUGAUAAGUUUCUUUUAGAUAUUGCAUUAGUGCAGGUAGUCAAUAUUCUGUAGAUAUUAUAAUAUAUGAAGAAAGUUCCUAUGUUUGUUAAAUAAAACACUAUGUUUGAUUUUUCUUCAUGCUUAUCCCUAUAGUAAUUUAAAACCUUCCAUCUAUCGAGCAUAUUUGUAAAUUUUUAUUCUAUUAAUAAAAGUGUUCAUGGA